AUGACUCAUGUCGAAAGCUCUACAUGGGAGUCGUGCGCUCAAUGGCUCUAUAUGGAGCACCAGUGCACCCUGAAGGCCAGCAACGUCGCAAUAUUGCGUAGACCGCAGAGAGCGAUGUCCGUUAGGGUAAUAAAAGGAUAUCGCACGAUUUCUUUUGAGGUGGCGAGCCUCCUAGCUGGAUUUGCACCUUGGGAUCUCGAAGCUAAAACCCUCGCCUCAAUACAUCAGUGGAAAAUGGAGACGCGAAGAAGGGGCGAGGAACCGAUGCCGCGGAUACCCGCGGCAUCGGUUCCUCGCAGCGUCGUUUCGAGCUCCGCACUGAGUACCCAAGCAGCACCAAAUGAAGAUAAAAAUAAUGUUGACGCCAUUAAGGCGGUUAAGAAAUUACCUCCUUACAAGUCUGGCUUAAUGCACGGCGUGACAAAAAAACUGCAGCAAAACUAUAAAAACUACGGUAGCUCUAACAACAACGACCAGGAAUCCAACAAGAAACAGAAUCAAUAUUCUGGCGAGGAUUCCAACGGUCGGAGAUGGAACGCUGUGGAUGACGUCCAGAAUGACGUCCAAAACUCCGCUAAAAACUACCGUUAUGCGGAUGGUAAUGAACAAGGUUACACCAACGACGCUGACGGCAGCAGCAGUUACAUCAACAGACGCAACAGCGGCAGUGGAUACGACGACAGCAACAGCCAAUCCGACCGCAGCCACAAGCAAUACCAGCAACAAAGCAACGUUGGUAACAAGAAGUCUAUACGAAACUCUGUAGCUGACAGAGACUCUUUCUCUGGCAACAAGAAUGAUGGCUACAGCCGCUCAACAGACGAUGUGGCUUCGUACUCAUCCGGCGAUGGAAGCAGACUAUAUAAGUCCAACCGCGAAGAUGUGGACAGAAACACCAAUAGUGGCCGUAACUCCAACAGCAACUACAACUUAGACGUGCAACAAAUGGACGACGGCAAAAAGUUAAGCAAAUACAGAACACUUUCUAAGGGCGACGCUGUAUCGACCCAAGAUGAUGACCAGUAUAAUUACUUUAAAGAUAAGGUAUACUCGAAUGUGGGAAAGGACGGCCAGCAACAAUACGAGUCCGACUUUGAAUCCGUUGUCAGUGAUAGCGACAGUGCCUUCAACUCCAACAACCAGAGGAACGAAAACUUCGGUUCAGAGAUAGAAGGUGAUAAAAGGACAUGGUGGAACUCUGUCGAUGACAGCCAGUCUGAGUCCGCCAACGACAACGAGAGUUUUAACCACGCAAAAAAAGAUGUGAAAUCCUACAAAGGGAAUGACGGCCAAGAAAUGUACUCUUCCAAGAGUGAGGACAUCAAUCGUAAGAGUAACAGCGAUUACGACACCAAGAAAAAUAGAAACGUUAACUCCGGUGUGGUAAUUGAUGGCAACAAGAGGAAUCAAUGGAACAAAGUGUCUGAUAGUCAGAAAGAUUCCUCCAAAAGCGACGAUAUUUAUAACUACGAUAACGAGGACGUCACGUCCUUCACAACUGCAGACGGCCAAACGCAUUACACGGCCAAACGUGAAAACGUGGACAGUAAAAGCAAGGAUGCUCAAGACUCCUCGCACAACAACAACGCGUACUCUGGAGUGACAGACGAUGGUAACGGUGGAAUUAGAAAAUGGAACACUGUGUCCAACGAAGAAUCAAAGUCAUCUAGCUCCAACAAUGACUACAGCUAUUCAUCAAGCUCAUCGAAUGCCAAUAUUAUGCCACUCCCGGUGGAAAUCGAGCGUCCACCACAGGUGAUUGCCAUUCCUGCCUACGGACACCGCCACCAGCCACAUUACCGUCAAGUGAUCGUGCCCAUGCCUAUUCAGGAAGAGGUAUACUACACUGAACCACCAAUGGCUUACCCACCACGCUUCAGGCAACCAGUUGAGGAGUUUGUCUACGCGCAACCAAAAAUGCCACAGAUGUACCAGGAAGAGACCGUGGCUGAGAUGACGCCAGCUAUCUACCCACGACAACCAAUGGCCCAGGAAUACGAGGAGGACUUAGCACCAUUGAUCUUGCCGCAGACAGCUAAUCCAAGCAGGCCAAUCCGAGGAAAAGGACCCAAGAAACAAACAAAACCAAGGCAAGAGCCGAACAGACCGACUGGACCAAAGGGAUCCAAAGGCAACAAAAAACAUCCAUCUCCAAGGCCACAGCAUCCUCCAAGGAGACGUCCAUCGCGUACAUCAGGUAACAUCUGGGGGCCGAACCGCAACCCACCAAGGGGCAAAUUAGUAAACUACGAGGAAAGCGGCAGAAAUACUUACAAUGACCAAGAAGAAUCAUGGCAAUCUGGCAUGAAUGACUAUGACUAUAGAAAAUCUUUUUACCCAGGACGGGGAGCAGGGCCUCAAUCCCCACAACCGGGAUACAAAGCUCCAUUCCCACGACCUGGAUCAGGACUGAGACAACCUUCGGGAGCAGGCAAUGUAGUAAACUACGGUGAAAAAGGAAGAAACUCUUACAAUGACCAACGAGGGUCAUGGCAAUCUGGUAGUAACGAUUAUGACAAUGAUUACACUUAUUACACACCAGAAGGCACACCUAGCUAUCCUGAAUCAAUCUACCCAAAAAAUAAAGGAUCAAAACCUUUACCACAAACCCAACAACUGAAACCACAACCGACAAAGAGACCGCAACAAAAGCCGGAAGAAAUAACCAAUCAACAACCAAAAUUUGGACCACAACCCGAAUUAAAGCAACCAAAACCCGAAGUAGAAAAUAAUCAGAAGCCAGUAUCAGGAGAGCAACCACAACAGGAAGAAAGACCUUCAUCAACACCGGUAGCAGAUAAUAUAGAGGAAAUGGACUCAGGCAAAAAACCACAACCGGAAGUACAGCCACAACCAACACCGGUAGCAGAAAAUAAUAAGAAACCAGAAUCAGGCGAAAAACCAAAACCGGCAGUACAACCACAACCAACACCGGGAGCAGUAAAUAAUGAGAAACCGGAAUCAGGCGAAAAACCACAACCGGAAGUACAUCCACAACCAACACCGGGAGCAGAAACUAAUAAGAAACCGAAAUCAAACGAAAAACCGCAACCGGAAGUACAGCCGCAACCAAUACCGGAAGCAGAAAAUAAUAAGAAACCGAAAUCAAACGAAAAACCGCAACCAGAAGUACAGCCGCACCCAAUACCGGAAGCAGAAAAUAAUAAGAAACCGGAAUCAGGCAAAAAACCACAACCGAAAGUACAGCCGCAACCAACACCGGGAGCAGAAAAUAAUAAGAAACCAGAAUCAAACGAAAAACCGCAACCGGAAAUGCAGCCGUUACCAACACCGGGAGCAGAAAAUAAUAAGAAACCAGAAUCAAACGAAAAACCGCAACCGGAAAUGCAGCCGCAACCAACACCGGAAACAGAAAAUAAUAAGAAACCGGAAUCAGGCGAAAAACCACAACCGGAAGUAAAGCCAAAACCAACACCGGGAGCAGAAAGUAAUAAGAAACCGAAAUCAAACGAAAAACCGCAACCGGAAGUACAGCCACAACCAACACCGGGAGCAGAAAAUAAUAAGAAUCCGGAAUCAGGCGAAAAACCAAAACUGGAAGUACAGCCGCAACCAAAACCGGAAGCAGAAAAUAAUAAGAAACCGGAAUCAGGCGAAAAACCAAAACCGACAGUACAGCCACAACCAACACUGGGAGCAGAAAAUAACAAGAAACCGGAAUCAGGCGAAAAACCACAACCGGAAGUACAGCCGCAACCAAAACCGGAAGCAGAAAAUAAUAAGAAACCGGAAUCAGGCGAAAAACCACAACCUACACCGGGGGCAGAAAAUAAUAAGAAUCCAGAUUCAGGUGGAAAACCAAAACCGGCAGUACAGCCAAAACCAACACCGGGAGCAGAAAAUAAUAAGAAACCGGAAUCAGGUGAAAAACCACAACCGGAAGUACAGCCGCAACCAAAACCGGAAGCAGAAAAUAAUAAGAAACCGGAAUCAGGCGAAAAACCACAACCUACACCGGGGGCAGAAAAUAAUAAGAAUCCAGAUUCAGGUGGAAAACCAAAACCGGCAGUACAGCCAAAACCAACACCGGGAGCAGAAAAUAAUAAGAAACCGGAAUCAGGUGAAAAACCACAACCGGAAGUACAGCCGCAACCAAAACCGGAAGCAGAAAAUAAUAAGAAACCGGAAUCAGGCGAAAAAUCAAACCUGACAGUACAGCCACAACCAACACCGGGAGCAGAAAAUAAUAAGAAACCGGAAUCAGGCGAAAAACCACAACCGGAAGUACAGCCGCAACCAAAACCGGAAGCGGAAAAUAAUAAGAAACCGGAAUCAGGCGAAAAACUACAACCUACACCGGGGGCAGAAAAUAAUAAGAAUCCAGAUUCAGGGGAGAAACCAGAACAACAGGAAACUCUCACACCAACACCAGAAGCAACAAACAAUCAGAACCCAAAACCUGGACAGAAACCACAACCGGAAGUAAAACCGAGACCAGCACCGGAAUCAGAAAAAAAUAAGACACCGGAAUCAGGAGGGAAACUAAAACAGAAAGAAAGUCCUACACCAACACCGGAAGCGGAAAAUAAUCAAGAAACUGCGGAGAAAGAUACCGGCAGUACAACUGAGUAUAAGAACACUAAAACCGAUGUAAAGUCUACUGAAAGAACCACAAUUGAUGACCAGAAUACCAAAAAUGUUAACACCGAAGAUGUCUCUAUCACAACGACAAAGCCAGGCAAGAAUGAUUCACCAAAAGGACCAAAACAGUCAGGCCCUAAAUCAUCACCCACCAAGGGACCGAGAAAUCAACCUAAAGGAGGCAAUACCGGCAGUACAACAACUGAAUAUAAGAACACUAAAACCGAUGUAAAGUCUACCGAAAGAACCACAAUUGAUGACCAGAAUACCAAAAAUGUUAACACCGAAGAUGUCUCUAUCAGAACGACAAAGCCAGGCCAAAAUGAAACACCAAAAGGACCAAAACAGUCAGGCCCUAAAUCAUCACCCACCAAGGGACCGAGAAAUCAACCUAAAGGAGGCAAUACCGGCAGUACAACAACUGAAUAUAAGAACACUAAAACCGAUAUAAAGUCUACCGAAAGAACCACAAUUGAUGACCAGAAUACCAAAAAUGUUAACACCGAAGAUGUCUCUAUCAGAACGACAAAGCCAGGCCAAAAUGAAACACCAAAAGGACCAAAACAGUCAGGCCCUAAAUCAUCACCCACCAAAGGACCGAGAAAUCAACCUAAAGGAGGCAAUACCGGCAGUACAACAACUGAAUAUAAGAACACUAAAACCGAUGUAAAGUCUACCGAAAGAACCACAAUUGAUGACCAGAAUACCAAAAAUGUUAACACCGAAGAUGUCUCUAUCAGAACGACAAAGCCAGGCCAAAAUGAAACACCAAAAGGACCAAAACAGUCAGGCCCUAAAUCAUCACCCACCAAGGGACCGAGAAAUCAACCUAAAGGAGGCAAUACCGGCAGUACAACAACUGAAUAUAAGAACACUAAAACCGAUGUAAAGUCUACCGAAAGAACCACAAUUGAUGACCAGAAUACCAAAAAUGUUAACACCGAAGAUGUCUCUAUGAGAACGACAAAGCCAGGCCAAAAUGAAACACCAAAAGGACCAAAACAGUCAGGCCCUAAAUCAUCACCCACCAAAGGACCGAGAAAUCAACCUAAAGGAGGCAAUACCGGCAGUACAACAACUGAAUAUAAGAACACUAAAACCGAUGUAAAGUCUACCGAAAGAACCACAAUUGAUGACCAGAAUACCAAAAAUGUUAACACCAAUGAUGUCUCUAUCACAACGACAAAGCCAGGCAAGAAUGAUUCACCAAAAGGACCAAAACCGUCAGGCCCUAAAUCAACACCCACCAAGGGACCAAGGAAUCAACCUCAGGGAGGCAAUACCGGCAGUACAACAACUGAAUAUAAGAACACUAAAACCGAUGUAAAGUCUACCGAAAGAACCACAAUUGAUGACCAGAAUACCAAAAAUGUUAACACCGAAGAUGUCUCUAUCAGAACGACAAAGCCAGGCCAAAAUGAAACACCAAAAGGACCAAAACAGUCAGGCCCUAAAUCAUCACCCACCAAGGGACCGAGAAAUCAACCUAAAGGAGGCAAUACCGGCAGUACAACAACUGAAUAUAAGAACACUAAAACCGAUGUAAAGUCUACCGAAAGAACCACAAUUGAUGACCAGAAUACCAAAAAUGUUAACACCAAUGAUGUCUCUAUCACAACGACAAAGCCAGGCAAGAAUCAUUCACCAAAAGGACCAAAACCGUCAGGCCCUAAAUCAACACCCACCAAGGGACCAAGGAAUCAACCUCAGGGAGGCAAUACCGGCAGUACAACAACUGAAUAUAAGAACACUAAAACCGAUGUAAAGUCUACCGAAAGAACCACAAUUGAUGACCAGAAUACCAAAAAUGUUAACACCAAUGAUGUCUCUAUCACAACGACAAAGCCAGGCAAGAAUGAUUCACCAAAAGGACCAAAACCGUCAGGCCCUAAAUCAACACCCACCAAGGGACCAAGGAAUCAACCUCAGGGAGGCAAUACCGGCAGUACAACAACUGAAUAUAAGAACACUAAAACCGAUGUAAAGUCUACCGAAAGAACCACAAUUGAUGACCAGAAUACCAAAAAUGUUAACACCAAUGAUGUCUCUAUCACAACGACAAAGCCAGGCAAGAAUGAUUCACCAAAAGGACCAAAACUGUCAGGCCCUAAAUCAACACCCACCAAGGGACCGAGGAAUCAACCUCAGGGAGGCAAUACCGGCAGUACAACAACUGAAUAUAAGAACACUAAAACCGAUGUAAAGUCUACCGAAAGAACCACAAUUGAUGACCAGAAUACCAAAAAUGUUAACACCAAUGAUGUCUCUAUCACAACGACAAAGCCAGGCAAGAAUGAUUCACCAAAAGGACCAAAACCGUCAGGCCCUAAAUCAACACCCACCAAGGGACCAAGGAAUCAACCUCAGGGAGGCAAUACCGGCAGUACAACAACUGAAUAUAAGAACACUAAAACCGAUGCAAAGUCUACCGAAAGAACCACAAUUGAUGACCAGAAUACCAAAAAUGUUAACACCAAUGAUGUCUCUAUCACAACGACAAAGCCAGGCAAGAAUGAUUCACCAAAAGGACCAAAACAGUCAGGUCCUAAAUCAACACCCACCAAGGGACCAAAGAAUCAACCUCAGGGAGGCAAUACCGGCAGUACAACAACUGAAUAUAAGAACACUAAAACCGAUGUAAAGUCUACCGAAAGAACCACAAUUGAUGACCAGAAUACCAAAAAUGUUAACACCAAUGAUGUCUCUAUCACAACGACAAAGCCAGGCAAGAAUCAUUCACCAAAAGGACCAAAACCGUCAGGCCCUAAAUCAACACCCACCAAGGGACCAAGGAAUCAACCUCAGGGAGGCAAUACCGGCAGUACAACAACUGAAUAUAAGAACACUAAAACCGAUGUAAAGUCUACCGAAAGAACCACAAUUGAUGACCAGAAUACCAAAAAUGUUAACACCAAUGAUGUCUCUAUCACAACGACAAAGCCAGGCAAGAAUGAUUCACCAAAAGGACCAAAACAGUCAGGCCCUAAAUCAACACCCACCAAGGGACCAAAGAAUCAACCUCAGGGAGGCAAUACCGGCAGUACAACAACUGAAUAUAAGAACACUAAAACCGAUGUAAAGUCUACCGAAAGAACCACAAUUGAUGACCAGAAUACCAAAAAUGUUAACACCAAUGAUGUCUCUAUCACAACGACAAAGUCAGGCAAGAAUGAUUCACCAAAAGGACCAAAACAGUCAGGCCCUAAAUCAACACCCACCAAGGGACCAAAGAAUCAACCUCAGGGAGGCAAUACCGGCAGUACAACAACUGAAUAUAAGAACACUAAAACCGAUGUAAAGUCUACCGAAAGAACCACAAUUGAUGACCAGAAUACCAAAAAUGUUAACACCAAUGAUGUCUCUAUCACAACGACAAAGCCAGGCAAGAAUGAUUCACCAAAAGGACCAAAACCGUCAGGCCCUAAAUCAACACCCACCAAGGGACCAAGGAAUCAACCUCAGGGAGGCAAUACCGGCAGUACAACAACUGAAUAUAAGAACACUAAAACCGAUGUAAAGUCUACCGAAAGAACCACAACUGAUGACCAGAAUACCAAAAAUGUUAACACCAAUGAUGUCUCUAUCACAACGACAAAGCCAGGCAAGAAUGAUUCACCAAAAGGACCAAAACCGUCAGGCCCUAAAUCAACACCCACCAAGGGACCGGGAAAUCAACCUAAAGGAGGCAAUACCGGCAGUACAACAACUGAAUAUAAGAACACUAAAACCGAUGUAAAGUCUACCGAAAGAACCACAAUUGAUGACCAGAAUACCAAAAAUGUUAACACCGAAGAUGUCUCUAUCACAACGACAAAGCCAGGCAAGAAUGAUUCACCAAAAGGACCAAAACAGUCAGGCCCUAAAUCAUCACCCACCAAGGGACCAAGGAAUCAACCUCAAGGAGGCAAUACCGGCAGUACAACAACUGAAUAUAAGAACACUAAAACCGAUGUAAAGUCUACCGAAAGAACCACAAUUGAUGACCAGAAUACCAAAAAUGUUAACACAGAAGAUGUCUCUAUCACAACGACAAAGCCAGGCAAGAAUGAUUCACCAAAAGGACCAAAACAGUCAGGCCCUAAAUCAUCACCCACCAAGGGACCAAGGAAUCAACCUCAAGGAGGCAAUACCGGCAGUACAACAACUGAAUAUAAGAACACUAAAACCGAUGUAAAGUCUACCGAAAGAACCACAAUUGAUGACCAGAAUACCAAAAAUGUUAACACCGAAGAUGUCUCUAUCAGAACGACAAAGCCAGGCCAAAAUGAAACACCAAAAGGACCAAAACAGUCAGGCCCUAAAUCAUCACCCACCAAAGGACCGAGAAAUCAACCUAAAGGAGGCAAUACCGGCAGUACAACAACUGAAUAUAAGAACACUAAAACCGAUGUAAAGUCUACCGAAAGAACCACAAUUGAUGACCAGAAUACCAAAAAUGUUAACACCAAUGAUGUCUCUAUCACAACGACAAAGCCAGGCAAGAAUGAUUCACCAAAAGGACCAAAACCGUCAGGCCCUAAAUCAACACCCACCAAGGGACCAAGGAAUCAACCUCAGGGAGGCAAUACCGGCAGUACAACAACUGAAUAUAAGAACACUAAAACCGAUGUAAAGUCUACCGAAAGAACCACAAUUGAUGACCAGAAUACCAAAAAUGUUAACACCGAUGAUGUCUCUAUCACAACGACAAAGCCAGGCAAGAAUGAUUCACCAAAAGGACCAAAACAGUCAGGCCCUAAAUCAACACCCACCAAGGGACCAAGGAAUCAACCUCAGGGAGGCAAUACCGGCAGUACAACAACUGAAUAUAAGAACACUAAAACCGAUGUAAAGUCUACCGAAAGAACCACAAUUGAUGACCAGAAUACUAAAAAUGUUAACACCAAUGAUGUCUCUAUCACAACGACAAAGCCAGGCAAGAAUGAUUCACCAAAAGGACCAAAACCGUCAGGCCCUAAAUCAACACCCACCAAGGGACCAAGGAAUCAACCUCAGGGAGGCAAUACCGACAGUACAACAACUGAAUAUAAGAACACUAAAACCGAUGUAAAGUCUACCGAAAGAACCACAAUUGAUGACCAGAAUACCAAAAAUGUUAACACCGAAGAUGUCUCUAUCAGAACGACAAAGCCAGGCCAAAAUGAAACACCAAAAGGACCAAAACAGUCGGGCCCUAAAUCAACACCCACCAAGGGACCAAGGAAUCAACCUCAGGGAGGCAAUACCGGCAGUACAACAACUGAAUAUAAGAACACUAAAACCGAUGUAAAGUCUACCGAAAGAACCACAAUUGAUGACCAGAAUACCAAAAAUGUUAACACCGAAGAUGUCUCUAUCAAAACGACAAAGCCAGGCCAAAAUGAAACACCAAAAGGACCAAAACAGUCGGGCCCUAAAUCAACACCCACCAAGGGACCAAGGAAUCAACCUCAGGGAGGCAAUACCGGCAGUACAACAACUGAAUAUAAGAACACUAAAACCGAUGUAAAGUCUACCGAAAGAACCACAAUUGAUGACCAGAAUACCAAAAAUGUUAACACCGAAGAUGUCUCUAUCAAAACGACAAAGCCAGGCCAAAAUGAAACACCAAAAGGACCAAAACAGUCGGGCCCUAAAUCAACACCCACCAAGGGACCAAGGAAUCAACCUCAGGGAGGCAAUACCGGCAGUACAACAACUGAAUAUAAGAACACUAAAACCGAUGUAAAGUCUACCGAAAGAACCACAAUUGAUGACCAGAAUACCAAAAAUGUUAACACCGAAGAUGUCUCUAUCAGAACGACAAAGCCAGGCCAAAAAGAAACACCAAAAGGACCAAAACAGUCAGGCCCUAAAUCAUCACCCACCAAGGGACCGAGAAAUCAACCUAAAGGAGGCAAUACCGGCAGUACAACAACUGAAUAUAAGAACACUAAAACCGAUGUAAAGUCUACCGAAAGAACCACAAUUGAUGACCAGAAUACCAAAAAUGUUAACACCGAAGAUGUCUUUAUCAGAACGACAAAGCCAGGCCAAAAUGAAACACCAAAAGGACCAAAACAGUCAGGCCCUAAAUCAACACCCACCAAGGGACCAAGGAAUCAACCUCAGGGAGGCAAUACCGGCAGUACAACAACUGAAUAUAAGAACACUAAAACCGAUGUAAAGUCUACCGAAAGAACCACAAUUGAUGACCAGAAUACCAAAAAUGUUAACACCGAAGAUGUCUCUAUCAAAACGACAAAGCCAGGCCAAAAUGAAACACCAAAAGGACCAAAACAGUCGGGCCCUAAAUCAACACCCACCAAGGGACCAAGGAAUCAACCUCAGGGAGGCAAUACCGGCAGUACAACAACUGAAUAUAAGAACACUAAAACCGAUGUAAAGUCUACCGAAAGAACCACAAUUGAUGACCAGAAUACCAAAAAUGUUAACACCGAAGAUGUCUCUAUCAGAACGACAAAGCCAGGCCAAAAAGAAACACCAAAAGGACCAAAACUGUCAGGCCCUAAAUCAUCACCCACCAAGGGACCGAGAAAUCAACCUAAAGGAGGCAAUACCGGCAGUACAACAACUGAAUAUAAGAACACUAAAACCGAUGUAAAGUCUACCGAAAGAACCACAAUUGAUGACCAGAAUACCAAAAAUGUUAACACCGAAGAUGUCUCUAUCAGAACGACAAAGCCAGGCCAAAAUGAAACACCAAAAGGACCAAAACAGUCAGGCCCUAAAUCAACACCCACCAAGGGACCAAGGAAUCAACCUCAGGGAGGCAAUACCGGCAGUACAACAACUGAAUAUAAGAACACUAAAACCGAUGUAAAGUCUUCCGAAAGAACCACAAUUGAUGACCAGAAUACCAAAAAUGUUAACACCGAUGAUGUCUUUAUCACAACGACAAAGCCAGGCCAAAAUGAAACACCAAAAGGAACAAAACAGUCAGGCCCUAAAUCAACACCCACCAAGGGACCAAGGAAUCAACCUCAGGGAGGCAAUACCGGCAGUACAACAACUGAAUAUAAGAACACUAAAACCGAUGUAAAGUCUACCGAAAGAACCACAAUUGAUGACCAGAAUACCAAAAAUGUUAACACCGAAGAUGUCUUUAUCAGAACGACAAAGCCAGGCCAAAAUGAAAUACCAAAAGGACCAAAACAGUCAGGCCCUAAAUCAUCACCCACCAAGGGACCGAGAAAUCAACCUCAGGGAGGCAAUACCGGCAGUACAACAACUGAAUAUAAGAACACUAAAACCGAUGUAAAGUCUUCCGAAAGAACCACAAUUGAUGACCAGAAUACCAAAAAUGUUAACACCGAUGAUGUCUCUAUCACAACGACAAAGCCAGGCCAAAAUGAAACACCAAAAGGACCAAAACCGUCAGGCCCUAAAUCAACACCCACCAAGGGACCAAGGAAUCAACCUCAGGGAGGCAAUACCGGCAGUACAACAACUGAAUAUAAGAACACUAAAACCGAUGUAAAGUCUACCGAAAGAACCACAAUUGAUGACCAGAAUACCAAAAAUGUUAACACCGAUGAAGUCUCUAUCACAACGACAAAGCCAGGCAAGAAUGAUUCACCAAAAGGACCAAAACAGUCAGGCCCUAAAUCAACACCCACCAAGGGACCAAGGAAUCAACCUCAGGGAGGCAAUACCGGCAGUUCAACAACUGAAUAUAAGAACACUAAAACCGAUGUAAAGUCUACCGAAAGAACCACAAUUGAUGACCAGUAUACCAAAAAUGUUAACACCGAUGAUGUCUCUAUCACAACGACAAAGCCAGGCAAGAAUGAUUCACCAAAAGGACCAAAACGGGUUGAGGAACCAACCAAGGAAAAUCAACAGGUCGUGAAACCAACUAAAGGAAAUCAACAGGUUGAGAAACCAACAAAGGAAAAUCAACAGGUUGAGAAACCAUCUAUAGGAAAUCAACAGGUUUUGAAACCAACAAAGGAAAAUCAACAGGUUGAGAAACCAACAAAAGGAAAUCAACAGGUUGAGAAACCAACUAAAGGAAUUCAACAGGUUCAGAAACCAACAAAGGAAAAUCAACAGAUCGAGAAACCAACAAAAGGCAAUCAACAGGUCGAAAAACCAACUAAAGGAAAUCAACAGGUUGAGAAACCAACAAAGGAAAAUCCACAGGUUGAGAAACCAACAAAGGAAAAUCAACAGGUCGUGAAACCAACUAAAGGAAAUCAGCAGGUUGAGAAACCAACAAAGGAAAAUCAGCAGGUUGAGAAAGCAACUAAAGGAAAUCAACAGGUUGAGAAACCAACAAAGGAAAAUCAACAGGUCGAGAAACCAACAAAGGAAAAUCAACAGGUCGUGAAACCAACAAAAGGAAAUCAACAGGUCGUGAAACCAACCAAAGGAAAUCAACAGGUUGAGAAACCAACAAAGGAAAAUCAACAGGUUGAGAAACCAACUGAAGGAAAUCAACAGGUUAAGAAACCAACAAAAAAAAAUCAACAGGUCGUGAAACCAACUAAAGAAAAUCAACAGGUUGAGAAACCAACAAAGGAAAAUCAACAGGUUGAGAAACCGACAAAAGGAAAUCAACAGGUUGAGAAACCAACAAUAGAAAAUAAAGGACAAGGACUACCAGCCGUUAAACCCAACGAACAAAAGCAGCCAUGUUCAAAGGGAGCAUCAUCUAUUGGAAAACCUUCCUCCGCUAACAGUCGUUACCCAUUCCUGCCAGGGUUCUACCCCAACUCGCCAGGGAAGAGUAGGAUUUGCAUAUGCUUCAGCAGAUUCGAGGAUAUGCCCUUGGAAAUGAGAAAUCGUUUCAAAUACGAGGCCAGUAUGAAUUGA